UUGUUAAUAUUACGACACCAACCCAAUAAAAUGUGGAGAAUGCAGUACUCAACAUGGUUCGGUUUUGUUAUGCUGCUGGGAAUCAUAUUGAUGGCAAUCAGUUGCACCACCGCAAAACCGUCGGAAGUAUUUGAAAAUACAGAUGCCAAAGGUGAUGCCAUCAAACGGGCAUCAUUUUUCGUGGGCAGCAGAUAUGGCCGAUCGUACUACGGCGGCCGACCGCAACAAAAUGUAAACGUUGCUCCCAGAAAUGAUCGAUUCUUCUUUGGUUCACGAUAUGGCAAACGAUCCGACGAAUAUAUGCAGGACAUUGUCGACCCACAACCAUCAAAAGAAUUGACAAGCACCUAUCUCGUGUCAUGCGUUUACACAGGAGUUAAGGAUUUCUAUAGAUGUAGCAAAUUAAAUGAAAAUAUUAACACCGAUGCGGAUACUAUUCACAGCAAUAAUGAAUGAAUAUUGCAAUUGAUAAGCUACAACAAUUCCAAACAGUUUUGACGCAUUUUUACACAAAUUAUCUACGUCCUACCAAGUAAUGUUUAAUUUCUUACUUUAAAAACAAACAAAUAAAUUUCGCAGUAUUUUCCCAUUGAAAGAAGAGAAAAUUUCUAUGAAACUUAAAUGUGUACAAUGGCUGGAUGCAUUUUUAAGUUUUGUGAAAUGAUCUGAAAGCGAUUUUAAAAUUACUAACCAAACCAAACCAAAUUGAUUGAAACUGAAUGGUGAUAGAAUAUUGAUUUAAUUAAAUGUGUGUACAAUUAUAGAUUGAGAGAAAAAUCAAGAAACAUAACAAGAGCAAAUAUUUUAUUGUAAUUUUACAUUAUAUUUGUUUAAUUAUAAGUUUAGGUUGCAUCAUGUAUAUUAAAUAAAAUAAAGUAAAAAUAAAACUUAAAAUUUCAACUUCGAUUGUAAAGUGUAUUUUGGAAAUGUUAACAAAAAUAUUUAAAAA